AUGGCUGCUCGAGUCAAGGCUCAACUUGAAGCUGCGCGCCCGGAACCUGCGAUUCCGAGUGAAAGCAUUGAACUUCCAGAAGUUGACAGCGAAUAUUCAGAUUCAGAUGAUGAAGACCGUGUCAAGAAAUUUGAUCCUCCUCAUUGGGCGCAGUCUCCGGAGCUUCGGCAGGCGCUAGUGGACCAAAGUUCAAUUAAUCCAGAUAAUAUAUUUGGACCCAUCCGUCCAUUGCGGAUGGAGGAGAUAUUUAGAAGCAGGAAUAACAGAUUCAGAGCCCGAACAAGUUCUGCAAACUGGGUUGGUACUGAUCAGCUGACUUUGGAGGAAGAGCGGGAAUACGCGAGAAGGAUGGGUUUUCGGUAG